CUUCCAGCCGGGAGCGAGAUCGAGAUUCCCGGGGGCCUGUGCAAGCAGCUGUCGGACCUGGAGGAGCGGGUGAAGCUCGCGACGCUGGAAGUCGAGCAGGCGGGCGCCGAGAGGGCGGAGAUUGCGGCUGAGAUCCUGUCUGCGGGGCGCCAGGCGUGA